AUGAUACAUUAUCCUCAUCAAGGACUUCAUCACCCAAAUACUCGUUCCUCCUCAACACCAAAACGAAAAAUCUCAUAUCGUCAUGAUCGAUUUUUCCAUUUACCGACAACUAUUGCUGAAAAUGAUCCAGUUUUACGACGCCUUUAUAGUAUCGUAUCCUUAGUUCUCGAUGAUCAUCCAUAUCCCUCAACACGACAAGAAUUUUAUCGUCGUACUUCUGAAAUUCAACGAAAUGUUCGAAAUUUAAAUCUUUCUCCAAUGAAACAGAAAUUUCUUCAUCGUCUUAUGUCUGAAACCGAUGUUACUCUAGUCGAUUUAUGGCAAGGUUCUCAUAUCAUUGCACUCGAUCAUGGUCAUCUAUACAAUACAUGGUCAAAAUUCUCAUCAGCUCAUCCACGUUUUUCAUCUCAUUAUCGUGACGUACCUCUACAACAAUAUGGCAUUAAUUUUUUCGAUCAUCAAUUACUAUUUGGAAAAACUUCAAUACAUGGUUCAACAUGGUUUCAAAUGGAAGCACAUGGUUUUGAUCCAAACGAAAUUUAUAAUAAUCCAGAUUUAGUUAUUUAUCAUGGACAAGAUUUUUUAAAAUAUCGUUUUCAUCAAAUGAAUGUUGGUCCAUUUGGUUUUUCCCCUCAUACAGAAAUGAAUGAUCCAAUUAUACGUCCUUAUCAACCAUUAAAUACUAAAAGAAAACAAAAAUAUCAACGUUUUCUAACUGAUCAAGCAUUUCUAUCACGUUUUACGAAUGAAUUCAAACAAAAAAUAUAA